GCAUAUAGGUUAAUAGCUAAUGGAUAAAUAAAUUGGUUGCUUUGGGAAGAAGGAAUGAGGUAAAAUGAGGAUAUUACGUGAUUUAAAGAUGGCGGAAUUCAAAAUUCAAUAUGGCUAGUGUCUGGGUAUUAAGUGUUUUUUUCUUUUGGAAUAUUUUCAUCCACAGUCCAGCGACCACACAAAAUCACGAAGAAGUUUUGCAGAUUCACUUCCCGAGUGUUACAAUGGCAGCCCAAAAGAAUGGUUACCUCACGGCAUCGACAGAAGAUGGCGGAAACAUUCACAUAAACUCCGGAGGAAACAAAACUGGUGUUUAUUUUGAUAAUGAAAACUUGUUUCGAAUUAUCCAAAUUGCCUUGAGCCUCCCACCUGUGUGGAUAAACCAUACUGACACUGGAUACUCUGGAAGAUUCGAGGGAGGAAAACAUUUCAAUAUUCCACUAAAACUAAUGGUACCUGGAUCCGGAAAUCUAACUUUUGAGAUUGUUGCUGGAUCACUUCCACCUGGAGUUUUCCUUGAUUCAGCAAAUCGCCGGAUAUCCGGUAUUGUACCAGAUCAAGAUGCUGAGUACAUCUUCACUGUAAGAGCCAAAACCGAAUACGGAAAGUUUGCAGAUGCCGUUUUCCGAUUUGAUUCUUACGAAUCUGAUCAAUGUCAAGAAGAGCCAUGCCACAAUAAUGGUGUAUGUAACGAUACACGUGAGGGAAUAGGCUACACGUGCAUCUGUAAUGGGCACUAUGGAGGACUUCAAUGUGAUACAGAUUGUAGAUUAAACAGUUUAGAAGUUAGAAACAAAAAUGUCAUACCGGAUGCUCAACUGUCAGCAUACUUAUCACGUAACCAAUCUCUGGCCUCGGAGGCGAGGUUUGAUAGCAAUGCUUCAAUGGGCUGGUGUGGGGAAAACGCAAACUCAUGGAUACAAGUAGAUUUGGGUGAUGAAGGGAGAAUAUUUGCUGUGACCACUAAGUCUAGGGAUAGUAACCGAUUCAUGAAAUCUUUCUCACUGUCUUGCAGCACUGAUGGUACAAGAUUCUCAGACGUCCUGGAUACUAACAAUACAAUAGCUCACGUAUUUUCCAGUGGUAUUGGGGCUUUAACCCAGCCCCUUCCUGAUCCUGUCACGUGUCGGUUUGUGAGACUCCAUCCCAAGUCCUACAAAGGUCAUCCCUGUCUUAAGUUUGAACUUCAUGGCUGUGUUCCUUAAAGUGAGCUAGUGAGCUGCAUGUGACUCAAUCAUUUAUCAAAUAAAACUUAACAAAAUUGUGCAUUGAA